AUGUACAACAUGCAAGACGGCGAUUCAUCUCCGUCCAGCGAUUCGUGGGAUGACUGUGACGAUAGUCGCCGUCGAAGAUCGGAAGCUCCGAGCCCAGCGUCUCCCCGUUUCAAGCGCAUCGUUCGACAACCACAGCAUCCGGGUAGCAAGGUGCUUUUCUCACAGAUUGAAUGGGGAAAUCUAGCCAAGGAGUCUGAAAAGGUUACCAUGUACCAGAACCUUGCGGGGGAUAAUCCUUAUUCCCGAGCUACGCCCGUUCCAGAGGCCAUGGUUGAUGCUCUGGGUAUUGACAAGACUAGACGGUACUCUGAGUCUAGUUUGGCUUUGUUUCGACCGGUGCAUGCUCAUGAUGGUGGAUCUUUCAAGCGGGAGGAUGGUAUGGCUUCUGAUUCUGUUAGUGUUUGGACAGAUGAUGAGUGUGAGGACUUGGAGUGUAAUCCAGUUUUGAUACGCAAUGCCUCGGCUGUGACAGAUACGACGUGGAGUUUGGUCUGUGAACAUCAUAACGUCGUCUGA